AUGUCGCCAUCUUCCAGUGUACACCACUCGCCCCCUGUUGAUCUCAGACGUAUGACCUCCAAUUCGACACUGCUCACCCCCCAAAAAGAUUCAACUAGGGAGCAUAGACUCUCAACUCAUCCUUCUCAGCAUUUGAACACGAGGAUGGGCUCUCGCUCACCUUCUUCAAUUCCUUCAUCACCCACAUCUGCCCACUCAUCAUCAUCCGCAAUUUUUGAGCGCGACAUUGAGCCUAUGCACCCCCCAUCUCCCCCUGCUCAUCCGAAUCCCCAUCGCAUUGCACGCGCAAAAGGCAGCGAACAACUCGAGCACAGUGUACCUUCUGUGCUCGAUAGCGCUGCUUCCAUUCUCGCGGCCUCCUCUCCCAUGGAGGAAGAUCAUAUUUCCGUCGUUAGUCCUGCGCGAGAUCGAGAUCGCCUCACUACCAGCGGUUUUGCCAGCCCAAUUGGUAGUUUGAGAAGCAGAAGCCCAAGUCCAACUGGAAGGACAAGCUUGUUACUGAGCAUCCCGUCUCAGCAGGGGUCCAUCAGCCCCCUAAACAUUUCUGCAUCAGGUGUGGGAGCGGGCAGUCCGCAGCGGCUGAGCAUCCAGACCAGCCCACUCGCUUUUCCCUCAAAGCAGGGUACGAGUAGCAAGGCCUCGGCACCUUCUAUCAACACGCCUGCAUCUGUGUAUUACUCCACCCUCUCAUCAGCCGAAUCCUCACCUACAACCACGACUCUCGAGCAUCCCCCCGUCGCCCUCCCCCCUACCGCCAUCUCAACACUCUCACCCUCAUCAACUUAUGGAUCUUCACCUCAUUUGCGUCCUAUCACCAUAUCCCACCCUCCGUCCCCGACGCACGGAUCUAAUAAGCGUCUCUCAUUUAUGAGUUACGCCGAUCUGCUCGCAUCAACACCUGCAUCGAUGGUUCCGCUGUCAUCGUUCACUAGCUGCGCGACUCCCGACCCGCCGCCCCAUAUUCCUGGUGUCGAGGGCUACGCGCUGAACCAACACGAUGCUGGGAGUUUAAGUGGCCGUGAGCGGGACAGCAUCGCCAUGCUCGACGACGUUGGUGGCGAAUGGCAGCGCGAGGGUCUCGGACGAGGCCUCGAAGAGAGAUUAGAGGCAUUGAUGAUCCUUCCUAACAAAGCAUAA